AUGGAUAUUGCUCUAUACGUGGCCAACAUAGCUGUCAACACCUUGAUUAUCGCUGUAGAUAUAGCCGUCAUAUUCAUGGCUAUCAAAACAAAGGAAAUUGCUGAAAAGCUUAUUCUGUGGACAAUUUUUCUAUGUAUGGGCUUUGACAUUGCUAUGUAUCUGAACACAAUAAUUCAUGAUGUACCGAGUUAUUUCAUGGAUGAAGAUCUUUACAAAACCCCACAGCCAGCUUACCUUUCGGCUCUUUCCAUCGUUUUGGAAUGGUAUAGUCAACUGUUUGCCUUACUGGUGCUUUCCGUCCUUCAUUUUAUAGCUGCAUUCUACCCAACAAAUUUUCGUGCAAUUUCGUCACGACAUAUGCAUAUGAUCAAUCUUUCUAUUGUCCUUGUCAGUGUCCUACUCGCAGUGCCUAUGUUUACGCCAUGGUGUGGUUAUUCCUAUAAUAUUCAAAGUCACAACUGGUUCUUUGACUUGAGCAAACCGUACUCAUACGUAUGGUGGAUAUGGAACAUCGUUUUGCAGACAAUCUGCGCAGUUGUGAUGGCUGGCGCAGACGUAGCCAUUAUUUGGAAAAUUCGUGUGCUUCGAAUCGCUGUGACAAAGAAACACAUCAGUUCUUCUGUUCCUACCACUAGCACAACGACGGAAACGAGAACACAUAGAGAGCAGAGGGCUCAAAGUAUCAAUCGUGAGAUACGUCUGGCCAUCAACUUCCUACUUUUGAGUGCCUGCUUCCUAAUCAUGACCAUUGCCUGGAACCUUCCAUUGCGGCAAGAAAUCUGGUACGAUUUGAUCCUCAAGUUUACAAGUAAUUUGAACCUCUCGAAAUGGGCAAUCUACACAUUGGGAAAUGCAAAGAUACGCCAAGGAUUGCUGCGUCUUUGCCGAUGUCGCCAAGUCAGGACGUUGACAGCAGUAUCCGUUGUGAAAAUUUCACCAACAUGA